GAAUUGUUAGUUCUCAGUAUCUGCUUCGAUUAGCCCUGGUAAUUGCCUUUGCGCGUGUUGAGUUCCUCACUCUCAUAAAAACUGAAAAAUAAACUUCCGAGACUAUAACAACUGAUAUCAUGAGUUCCUUCAACAAGAUUCCCAUAAACUUGGAUCCUGAUUUGUAUGGAGACACAUUCAAGGAUCCCUUUAUUCAAGAUGAACAAGUUGACCAUCUCUCAAUUGAUCCCACGAAUCUUGAUAGAAAGAAAGUCCUUUCUUAAUAUUACCGAAGAAUCCUUGAAAGAAGAAAUAGCAAAUCCAGAACAAGAAUCAGAACCAUCGAGCGAGGUCCCAGAUACUCUCCAGGAAAUAGACUCACCCCAAGUUCUCGAAGACGAUGUACUUGAUGUUUUUCAAACACAGAAAGCGGAAUUAUCCAAGAAUAUCAACACUGCAUUGAACGAAACAUCAUUGUCCUUAGAUUUUGUGUCCUUGCUCUUAUCAUCAGUCAAGCCCAAUAUUGCUAAGUCCACCAUCUCACCUCAUCUUAGUAAAAGUGCUCCGUUGGGAUCUCUCAAUGCAGAUCGGUUAUCGAAAGGCGAAGAUGACGAUAAAGCGGCACAUGAUGAGAAAGCUAAAUUGUCGACAAAAAUUGGUGAAGGUUGGAAGAAAGAAUCAAUCAACAAGAUCACCACUUUAUUCAAAAAUUCGAGCACAACAUUGAAAGACCAAGUGUUGCGUGAGAAAAACUACUGGAACAUGAUUAACAUAGUGUUGAGUAAUGAUGAAGUCUUAUUCCGCACAAGAGACCCCUUGAACGGUUCUCGAGCCAUCGGCAUCAAAUAUGGGUAUGGUGAUUCUGGCUCAAAUUAUCAUGUUCAAGGGUCAGCGAUUUUGCGCAAAGAUAACACAACUGGGGAAGUAACCUUUAAUCCGUUGACAAGUGGAUCCAACAGAAGUCAGAGGAAGGUUCAUAAGUAUAUCAGAAUUAAGAUUUUGAGUGAGAUUGAUGGAGAUUACAUGUUGACUGGCCAGUCUACAUUUAUACCUCCAACUGCAACCAACUCGGGAUUUUCGAGCGAUUCUCCAGCCCAAAAGCUUUUGGAAGAAAUACAAAAAGCGAGAUAUUUCUUAUUUGAGGAGGAUUUAUUUUAUCAGUUAACCAGAGAAGCAAAAACCCUCAUAAACUAUAACAUAUCAAUUAUAUCGAACAAAAUCAUAAUUGAGAUUAAUAAUGAAAUCAUAGAAAUUGAAUCAGUGGUGUUUGACGAAUCUAACGAAGACGAAUUAACCAACAACUAUCAGAACAUCAAUGAGUUCUCGUCUAUGCACAACAAAAAGUGUCAGUUGAUACUAGUCUAUUUGAAGUUAAUGUUGUGCUGUUAUUACAAGUACAAUUUGGCUUUGAAACAAAAAAUCCCCACCGCAUUUACUAAGAAAAAGCAGGCUAACUCUCAUCCUCUAAUCUUAAGGCCAAUGGUUGGAAACAUACGGUAUGAAUUAAAUAUUCAAAACAUGCAACAGAUACUUGACAAGCUAUUCAACAAGUACAAAAAAGAAUUAGAUGUUACAUCUGAGCUUGAAAAGUACUCGAACAUGAAAGCAGAUGAUAUAUCGAACCCUUUCCAGAAGUCUAUUGAGCGUCCAGUGUCAAACUUCAAGGUAAUUCUCCGAAACCACAAGAAUGACUUCAUUUAUAAAGUGGAGAUCGAAUUAACCACUAACGAAAUAUUCAUGAAUCUAAUAAUAAAUAUGAGUAUCAUUAGGUUCUCUAGCUCAAAUGAAUUGGAAAAGAACUUGAAUGGUCUAAAUGUGUUGCAAAUGAGUUUUAAUGAUUUUAACGACAUAGAGGAGUGUUUGGAUUGGUCUAUAUUGAAGUUCGUGCACAGUCAAUAGUACCUAAUCAAAGUUAAUAUAGUAAUGUUAAGCAAUUGCAGCUUUCGAUCAAAAUCAAUACUA